UGCCUCCAGUGACAGCUCCGCACAUGAUUGCGGGAGGAGAAGCCCGGCCCCCUUUCACUCUCCUUAAGGAGCCAUUCAUAAACUACUCAAACCCAGCGCCGAGUGGAGAGUGGACGAAAAGUGAGCGAGGGCAGAGAAAGGCACGAAGAAGAGAUGAAAGCUCCAGCGGCGCGGUGUCUUUACGCCUGUGCAGCCACCUGGUUCCGACCCAGAACCUGAAUAUGAGUCCCUGGAUGAGCUCCUGACCGGGACUGAUAAUCUGCUCAGAUCCAUCUCUAUCCGCUUCCUCCUUCUCACACUGACGUCCAUCCGCUGCUAAAAGCAAGAAAAAAAGAGAAAAAAGGAAGAAAAAAAAAGAAGAAAAAAAAAAACUUUGAUCCAACAUUUUUUUUCUUUUUUUUUCCCCGCUGCUCUGGAAGCUCUUGCCUCUGGCUUUACCGGUAAGCGUUGGAUCCGUCAACUUACUGCGACUCUCCGGUGUAUAGCCCGGACCUCUGCCCCAACAUGAUCGCGACGCAGGCGAAGCUGGUGUACCAGCUCAACAAAUACUACAACGAGAGAUGCCAAGCGCGCAAGGCGGCCAUUGCGAAGACCAUCAGGGAGGUUUGCAAAGUGGUGUCGGAUGUCCUGAAGGAGGUGGAGGUGCAGGAGCCCCGCUUCAUCAGCUCCCUCAGCGAGAUCGACGCGCGCUACGAGGGGAUGGAGGUCAUCUCCCCGAACGAGUUCGAGGUGGUGCUCUACCUCAACCAGAUGGGGGUCUUCAACUUCGUGGACGACGGCUCGCUGCCCGGCUGCGCGGUGCUGAAGCUGAGCGACGGCCGCAAGAGGAGCAUGUCGCUGUGGGUCGAGUUCAUCACCGCCUCGGGCUACCUCUCGGCCCGGAAGAUCCGCUCCCGGUUCCAGACGCUGGUGGCGCAGGCCGUGGACAAGUGCAGCUACCGCGACGUGGUGAAGAUGGUGGCCGACACCAGCGAGGUCAAGCUGCGGAUCAGGGAGCGGUAUGUGGUGCAGAUCACCCCCGCCUUCAAGUGCACGGGCAUCUGGCCCAGAAGCGCGGCGCAGUGGCCCAUGCCGCACAUCCCCUGGCCCGGACCGAACCGGGUGGCCGAGGUCAAGGCGGAGGGCUUCAACCUCCUGUCCAAAGAGUGCUACUCGCUGACGGGGAAGCAGAGCUCGGCGGAGAGCGACGCCUGGGUGCUGCAGUUCAGCGAGGCCGAGAACAGGCUGCUGAUGGGCGGCUGCAGGAAGAAGUGUCUGUCGGUCCUGAAGACUCUGAGGGACCGGCACCUGGAGCUGCCGGGCCAGCCGCUCAACAACUACCACAUGAAGACCCUGCUGCUGUACGAGUGCGAGAAACACCCGAGGGAGACGGACUGGGACGAGUCGUGCCUGGGGGACCGGCUGAACGGCAUCCUGCUGCAGCUCAUCUCCUGCCUGCAGUGCCGCAGAUGCCCCCACUACUUCUUGCCAAACUUGGACUUGUUUCAGGGAAAGCCUCACUCGGCCCUGGAGGCUGCGGCCAAGCAGACAUGGAGACUAGCGAGGGAAAUCCUCACCAACGCCAAAAGUUUGGACAAAUUAUAGAACUUUUUUUUUGUUUGUUUGAUUUAGUUUUUUUUUUUUUUUUUUGGAUCAAAUCUUUAAGACUUCUGCAACCGAGUCUCCAAGAAAUGUGAAAAACAAAAACAGCCGCAGCAAAUCGGAACAAAUCGGAGCAAAUCGGGCCGCUGGCGCAGAAACAAGUGAAGUUACUGACUGUAAGGCAGGAGAAGAAGAUGAUCUCCUUCCAUACCUGUUUGGUUCUCCAGGUCUUUGUCCUCCAGGGAGGACAGGGUGUCGUCGUCCCCGUCCAGGGACGUCUCGCUCUCCGUGUUCUGAUUGGCCAGAGCCUGGCUCCUGAUGGACUGCUUCAGGAUGUCGUCCUCGGACGCUGAAUGGGGAGGACAAAGGGUUUCUCUUCUUAUUCAGCUCAUGCUUUGGCGUUUUCGUGGCGAACACUGCAGCUCUGCUCGGACGCAUUGCUCACAGUCACCCACGGAGGGCUGUAAGCUUAUUGUUAUUAAUCAGAGGGACAAACGCGCUGUUGCGCAACGCAGCUUGACGGAAUGCAGACAUUCAUCUGAGGCUCGAGUCUUGUAAAACUGAACGUAAUGUUUUGUUUUCUUGUCUAACAUUUUUCAUGGAGAGCUUCAUGUGUCUCAGCAGAAAUAAAAAAAUGGACGUUGAAUUGUUGAA